GGAUCCGGGGCUGUUAUCGUUGGCAGGAAGAAAAAAAAAAAACCCUGACAGUCGCCAUGAUACAGCAGCAGCAGCGGAAGCGAGUGAAGUAGCUAGAAAACAAAAGAGAACACGCAGUCGUCCUCGCUAUCUGGUAUGCUCUUGCAGUACAGGAAUGCCCAAGGAAAAAUAUGACCCGCCAGACCCUAGGCGGAUGUAUACAAUUAUGUCGACCGAGGAGGCAGCCAACGGGAAGAAGUCAUACUGGGGUGAACUUGAAAUCAGUGGUCGAGUACGAAGCCUCAGUACAGCCCUGUGGUCUCUGACCCACCUCACUGCCCUGCACCUCAGUGACAACUCCUUGUCACGUAUCCCGCCAGACAUUGCCAAACUACACAACCUGGUUUACCUGGAUCUGUCGUCCAACAAAAUCAGGAGCCUGCCGACAGAGCUCGGAAACAUGGUGUCGCUCAGGGAACUUCUUUUAAAUAACAACCAGUUGCGGGUCCUGCCUUUUGAAUUGGGGAAACUGUUCCAGUUACAAACGUUAGGGUUGAAGGGAAACCCACUAGCACAAGAGAUCAUGAGCCUCUACCAGGAACCGGAUGGCACCCGCAGACUGCUGAACUACCUGUUGGACAACCUGGCAGGAGCCAUUAAGAGACAACCAACGGAGCAGCCUCCCGCAAGGCAAUGGAUCGCCCUGAACGAGCCGGACCGGACACGAGCCUCGGCGUUGUUCUCGGUGAUGUGCUACAACGUGCUCUGUGACAAGUACGCCACGCGGCAGCUGUACGGCUACUGUCCCUCCUGGGCCCUGAACUGGGAGUACAGGAAGAAGUCCAUCAUGCAGGAGAUCCUGACGUGCAACGCAGACAUCAUCAGCCUGCAGGAAGUGGAGACGGAGCAGUACUACAGCUUCUUCCUGCCGGAGCUGAAGGAGCAGGGCUACGAGGGGUUCUUCAGCCCCAAGUCGCGGGCCAGGACCAUGUCCGAGUCGGACCGCAAACACGUCGACGGAUGUGCGGUCUUCUACAAGACAGAGAAGUUCAGCGUGGUGCAGAAGCACACGGUGGAGUUCAACCAGCUGGCCAUGGCCAACUCGGAGGGCUCGGAGGCCAUGCUGAACCGGGUCAUGACCAAGGACAACAUCGGAGUGGCCGUCCUGCUGGAGGUCCGCAAGGAGAUGAUGGAGCAGUCCUCUGGAAAGGCGCUCCACGGCAUGGAGAAGCAGCUGCUGCUGGUGGCCAACGCCCACAUGCACUGGGACCCCGAGUUCUCCGACGUCAAGCUGGUGCAGACCAUGAUGUUCCUGUCGGAGGUGAAGAACAUCGUGGACAAGGCCACGCGCAGCCUCAAGCUCUCCUCGGUGUCGGGCGAGACCAACGCCAUCCCACUGGUGCUGUGCGCUGACCUCAACUCCCUGCCUGACUCCGGUGUGGUGGAGUACCUCAGCACCGGCGGCGUGGACUGCACCCACAAGGACUUCAAGGAGCUGCGCUACAGCGACAGCCUGACCAACUUCAACUGCAACGGCAAGAACCCCACGUCCAACGGCCGCAUCACGCACGGCUUCAAGCUGAAGAGCACCUACGAGGAGGGCCUGAUGCCCUACACCAACUACACCUACGACUUCAAGGGUGUCAUCGACUACAUCUUCUACUCCCGGCCCAGCCUCAACGUGCUGGGCGUCCUGGGGCCCCUGGACCCCCACUGGCUGGAGAACAAUAUCAGCGGCUGCCCGCACCCCCACAUUCCCUCCGACCACUUCUCCCUGUUCGCACACCUGGAGCUCCUGCUGCCCAACCUGCCCCCCCAGGUCAACGGUCUGCACCUGGGCGCCCGCAGGUAGUGAGUCCCCCCCCACCAGCUCUGGUCCCCCUACUGCAGGAGGAGGAGGGCGCUGUGAGAUGGACCGCGGGGGCGGGCCCACAGGGAUUUCGUAUGAUGUAAUAGAUAUUCUAUAUUUUCCUUUUUUCCUUUUAUUUUUUAUUUGUGGAACUGCUCGAGUCAAUCCUGUGUUCUGUGUUCUCUUGUUUCGGACUCCUCUGCUCCACUGCU